UAAAAAAUAUAAAAUGGUGAAUUUUAAAUUUAAUAAUAUAUCGUUAUUUUUAUCUGUGCAACGUCAAUUGAAUUUACAAUAUCGCAAAUGCCAUAAAUCAACAAAAAAGGGAAGCUACAUACAUCAAGUUGGAAAACAUCCUUUAGUAUACAAAACUGUUGGUAAUUUAGUGGAUGAAGCAGCGGAACGUUUCCCAAAUCGGAAUGCAUACGUACUUUGUGAAGAAAAUAAAAAAAUUACUUUUCAUAGUCUUAAAGAAGAAACGGAUAAAUUAGCUGCAGGUUUAUUAGCAAUCGGAUUUAAGAAAUCUGACAAAUUAGCAAUAUGGGGACCAAAUAGUCUCAACUGGUUAAUAUCGUUGCUUGCUACAGCAAAAAUUGGUGUAAUAUCUGUGUUAAUCAAUCCACUUUAUGAAUUACCUGAAUUAGAGUACAGUUUGAGGAAAACUAAUGUAUCAGGAAUAAUUACUCCGGAGUCAUUUCGAUCACAUAACUACUUAGGAAUGAUUAAUGAUUUAAAUCCAAAAAUUCCAAGAGUUAUUAUAUCUUCAGAAAAACAACUACCGGGAGUGUUACGGUUUGACGAUGUAUUAGAAAUGGGCAAUAAGUAUAAAAAGGAAGACUUGAUUACCUCGAAAAAUAGUGUUCUUUCAGAUGAUGGAUUUUGUAUACAAUUAAGUUCAGGAACAACUGGAAAACCUAAAGCAGCUUUAUUAUCGCACAAUAACUACGUUAAUAAUUCUUAUACAUUAGCAAGACAUUUGCAAUAUGAUGAAAAUUAUAAAUUUUGUUUACAAACACCAUUAUUCCAUGUGUUUGCAACGCAUGUCAUUGCAUUUCCAGCAUUAAUCUCUGGAUCAACAGUUGUAAUUCCAAGUAAAAGUUACGAUCCAUUAAAAGCAUUAAAAACUAUUGAAUCAGAAAAAUGUACGGAAAUUAACGGUACACCGACAAUGUUUGUGGAUUUAAUAAAAUUACAAGAAAAACAUAAAUUUAAUUUAUCAAGUUUAGAACGAGCCAUUUGUGGGGCUGCUCCAUGUUCACCAAGUUUAUUUAAAGAUAUGAAAACUAAAUUGGGAAUAAAACAUAUUAUCCCUGGAUAUGGUAUGACUGAAACUAGUGGAGCAAUAUUUAUGGGUUUUCCGAAUGACACAGAAUUUAAUUCGAUUGAGACAAUUGGCCGCUUGGCAGAACAUGUCGAAGCUAAGGUUGUAGACGAUAAGGGAAAGCUAGUUCCUUUUGGAUCUCCAGGCGAAUUACAUAUUCGGGGAAAUUGCACUAUGUUAGAAUAUUACGGUGAUGAAGAGAAAACGAAAGAAGCCAAAGGGCACGAUGGUUGGUUAAAAACAGGAGAUCAAGCUAUUUUAUUUGAAAAUGGAUAUGCACAAAUUGUUGGACGACUGAAGGAUAUGAUCAUUAGAGGUGGUGAAAAUAUAUUCCCUAAGGAAAUUGAGGAUUUUUUAAAUACUCAUCCAAAGAUCAUAGAAAGUCAAGUAUUCGGUGUUCCAGAUGAGCGUAUGGGUGAAGAAGUAAUGGUUUGUUUACGUGUACAUGAAAAUACAACAAUCACAAUUGAUGAAAUUAAAGAGUAUUCAUUAGGAAAAUUAUCAAAAUUUAAAAUACCUAAAUAUAUUCGAAUUGUUCAAGAGUUUCCUAAAACUAGUACCGGCAAAAUACAUAAAAUUAAUUUGAGAGAACAAAUUCUAAAAAAUUGGAAAAUUUAAAUAAAAAUAAAUCUCUGUGAUCGCUAAUACUCUAGGUGUAAAAAAA